AUGGGGCAACAAACGUUGAUCUACAGUUUCGUUGCCCGGGGAACAGUGAUUUUGGCUGAAUACACCGAGUUCACGGGUAAUUUCAAUAGCAUUGCAUCGCAAUGCCUCCAGAAAUUACCCGCAUCCAACAAUAGGUUCACUUACAAUUGUGAUGGCCACACUUUCAAUUUCCUUGCGGAGAAUGGUUUUACCUACUGUGUGGUUGCUACUGAAUCAGCAGGCAGGCAACUUCCCAUUGCCUUUUUGGAACGUAUAAAGGAUGAUUUUAGCAAGAGAUAUGGUGGAGGAAAAGCUACUACUGCUACUCCUAAAAGUCUAAGCAAGGAAUUUGGGCCAAAAUUAAAAGAGCACAUGAAGUAUUGUGUUGAUAAUCCUGAAGAAAUUAACAAGCUUGCUAAGGUGAAAGCUCAAGUUUCAGAAGUUAAGGGAGUGAUGAUGCAAAACAUUGAAAAGGUUCUUGAUCGUGGUGAAAAGAUUGAACUUCUAGUUGAUAAAACAGAGAAUCUUCGAUCACAGGCUCAAGAUUUUAGGCAACAGGGAACCAAGAUAAGGAGGAAGUUGUGGUAUGAAAAUAUGAAGAUUAAACUGAUUGUGUUAGGGAUUAUCAUAGCUUUGAUACUCAUUGUCGUUUUGUCAGUUUGCCCUGGCUUCAAAUGUCUUGAAUAAUUAAUUUGCA